UCACCUACUGUGCUAUGGGGUGCUCCUUUGGACGAGUCGAAAAAAGCCAAACUGAAUGAGGCAUUCAACUGGUUCAAUGACUCGCUGAAGGGUCAUGAGUACGCUGCAACGGAUACCUUUACAAUUGCUGAUCUCACCUUGGUGGUAACGGUAUCGCAAUGCGAAGCUUACGGAUUCGAGAUUGAUUCCUACAAUCGUGUCAAACAUUGGUUGCGGCGUUGUAAGGAUUAUAUGCAACCAUAUGACUAUGAGGAAUUAAAUGGUAGCAAAGCUGUGAUCUUGGCUGACAUGUUUCGUGCAAAAAUUGAAAAUCCAUAA